AGCAGCAGCCAACAACAGCCGGAAUCCGGCGAGGCAGGGAUAAAUUUGCACAGGCUCCAGCGGCCCAGCGCCGCCAGUCGCCCAAUGUGACCCAGUUAAGGCCAAAGGACUUAGCUGGCCAAGGACCGCGAACCAAGGAACCGAAUCGCGGAAGGCAAAACACGAUACGCGAUACGCGGAGCUCGGGACGCGCAAGGAGGCGUCCAAUCCCAGAACCAGACCGACGCGGAGCAAGGAUUAUCAAUUUACUUGGCACUUUAAUGGAGUUGGCCAGGAUGCCGCGACGCCUGAUCCGCUCGGAGGUCCUCCUGCUGGCACUGCUCCUCAUCUGCCUGUCGGCCAUCAGAGGGCAGGCGGAGGAGACAUCAAUAUUAAACAGCGAAGGGACAAAUGGACGGGCAUUUCAAAGAACUCAAUCAAGGCGCGAGGCAUUAAUUCCGGCGACAACGCAAAUGGCCCGAACGGCGGACAAAGCCGGCGCAUUUGGGGCAACAAUGGCUGCAGUUGCAGCCUCAAUUCGCCCCAGCAACAAUGUGGCCAUUAAUAACAUUAGCCACAAUGGCGAUCAGCGGCUGACCGCUGCCCUCGAGGCGAAUCUGAUUAUGAGCAGUCGGAAUAUCCAGGAGCAGCACAGCUACAGAAUCACGCAUCACAACAAUGCCACAUCUCUGGCAGGACCAGCAGUAGGAGCAGGAGCUGGAGCAGCAGCAGCAUCAGAUGCGGCAGAUAUAGGAGCCUCGGCAGCGGCAACAAUUGCAUUGAAUGCAACAACAGCAACGGAGGCCACCGCAACAACACAACCUGCAACAACAACAACGCGUCGCACCACCCGCCGCCCGGUGGCAACCACCACACUGAAGCCGCCGCCAACAAUAGAUGAUUACCAGACGAUAAUUAGCCAGGCCGGCACCCAUGCCUAUCUGCCAUGCAAUGUCAAGCAGCUGGUAAAGAAGCCGAUAUCCUGGCUGCGGAUGCGGGACGGCCACAUCCUCACCGUGGACCAGACCACCUUCAUUGCGGAUCAGCGCUUCCAGUCGGUCUUCUCGCCGAAUCCCGAGCGUUGGUCACUGCAGAUCAAGUAUGUGCAGCUCAAGGACGAGGGGACCUACGAAUGCCAGGUGUCCACGGAGCCCAAGGCCAGUGCCAUUGUCCACUUGAGGAUAGUGGAACCCAAAACCGAAUUAAUUGGCGAGUCAACGCGACAUGUGAAGGCCGGAAGUCAAGUGAAAUUGCGUUGCAUAAUUAGCCAGGCUCUCGAGCCGCCGCUGUUCAUUAAUUGGUUUUACAAUCAGAAGCAAAUCUAUUUGCAUAAUCGCCGCGGUUGGCGUACGGAAAUUGAACGCAUCGAUCUGCCGCCGGAAGUGCCGACCACCAGCACCACGACAACAACAACAACGACGACCACCACGACGACGACCACGGAGGCGCCAAUAAGCAGCUCGACAACAACAGCAGCAGGAUCAACAGCAUCAGCCGCACCCUCGGAGACGUCGGUUAAUGGUUUAGCAACCAUAACACGUUCAUAUAUUUUAGAUGCCAUAUCGCAGAACGAUGUGGCCGAGUUGGGGGCCGGGGUGGCUGUCGUCACCGAGACGACAAGCUCCCAGCUCGCUGCCGAUGCGGAUGCCACAUCUUUGUUGCUGGCAACGACACCGCCCACAUUAUCCACUGCAGCGGGAGCAACAACGGCAGCGACAGGUGACUACUCAACGGCAGGUGCAACAACAACAGCAACAGCAACAAGCAACACCUGGCCAACGAGCACUGCGGCAGCAACGACUGCGGCAUCUUCAACAACAACCCUGCUGCCAAGCAGCAGUUUCAUUAAACAGAUAACAACGGCUUCUCUCAUCAUUCCGGCCGUAGUCAAACUGGAUUCCGGCAACUACACGUGCAGCCCCUCGAACAGUGCGCCCCGCACCAUUGUGCUCCACGUGCUGAAUGGUGAAUACUCCGCCUCGGCCAUUAAGUCGGGCAGUGUCAGCUGGAGAGCGCUAAUUGGAUGUCACGGCUAUUUGCACUGGCGCAGCGUUACGGCGCUCCUGACACUUUUGUGGAUUAUUAAAUUUGCCCUGGCCAGGGACAUCUGCCACCCGAAUGCCAACAGAGCAGCCUGCACCGCCAACGACACCGCCACCGUCACCGCAAGGACAUGGAGCACAGGAUCUGGCGGUGCCAGAGAAGGUGGACCCAAAUCAAGGGCGGUAUCUAUCAGAGUCAGCGGCUCAAUUAGUGCCACCAAAGUGGCCGAGGACAAGACUUGAGUUGUCCCCGGGCUGGCGCCCAGUAACUUGGAUUUUACGCUAUAAAAGAGGCUAUGAACUAAGAUUUUAAUCGAUAUAAUUACAUAUUAUCACAGGCAGGCGAACACUCAUCCAUGGCAAUAUACAUCCUUGAAUAAACCUAAUAAGCGUGCUCUCAAUUCAUACUUCAUUUCUAUCUGAGUGUAAAUGUGUGUUUAAAGUGAUCCUUAGGUUCAGGCAUAUCGCAUAUUUUGGGGGAAACUUCUGCAAGAAUUGUGUAAAUAAAAUGCACAGAAUUCUACUUUAACAGAUAGGAGCAUCAAUUGGUCAUGGUUGUAUCAUAUAUAAGUUACCAAAAUAUUCGCAAAAGGUAUGAAAUAACUUGUCAUAGGAAUUGCCAAUGAAACGCGAUUUUACGAAAUAAACUCCAAGUGAAAACUCACGAACACCCAACUUCGAUUCCCAUUAUCUUUCGGUUUCCUUAAGCUAUAAAUUGUAAAUAUGUAUGUAUAACUUAUGAAUACCCCUGAUUUUCUAAGACUUAAAAUAAUCCCUACGCAUAUAGAAUAUUGAUAAAUGAAUACCGAAUAACUGUGUAAAUAAGCGAGUGUUACAGCGUUCCAUUCAAAUAAAUAACCCAAGCAAGCCAAAACCUAAAUGUAAACUCUAGCUAGUAUAUAAAAGACUUACUACAAUUUUAGACGCAGCCAGGCCGAGGAAACUCCAAAAAAAAGCCCAAACUUAAUCAACUAAAUAAACAGAAUUGUACGGAGUUGCUCCUACGUUGCGUAUACUUGAUUUGCAAUAUCAAUUUUUAAGGGAAUGCAAAUGAAAAUUAAAAUUAAAUCGAAAAUCAAUUGAAAUGAAAUAAAACGAAGUGUUUGCAAUAAUUCUUA